AAAAAAUGCAAAGUUCAAUCCUAGCUAAUAGGCGAAACUCUUAACGUGCCGGACUUCAAAGAACAUUCUGGAAAUGUAAUCUGAGGGAGUGUACAAACACAAGCGCUGCAACACUUCUUUCUCCCCUUUCUUUAGUGUGAGCUCCGGUCACAGGACAAUAAAACUCCUGGCACCCUGUGCAAGCGUUGCUUGGUAACUAAAGUUAAACAGGACAAAGCUUCUUUUGGAGUACAGUCUGAAGAUCCUCCUCUGAUUCUCAAGCAAUUACUUGUGGACCUCAUUUAAAAACUCUCCAUGGCUAAAGGAAAGAGAGCAGGUGGAGCCAAAGGUACGAAGAUCACAUUGAAAAUGGCUAAAAAUGCUCUCAGAGUAACUCCAGAUGGCAAACUACGACUUGAUCUGAGCAACGUAGGCAUCGCUACGUUUCCCAAAUGCCUUCUAAAGUUAAGAAACGUAGAAGAACUUGACCUGAGCCGCAACAAAUUGAAAAUAAUCCCAGAAUUCAUUGGCCAGCUGACUGGACUGCGUUGGUUAGACCUUCACAGCAACCAAAUUGAACAACUGCCCGAAAGCAUUGGACUCCUGGGAUCUCUGCUCUACCUCAACCUCUGUAACAACAAUCUGGACGGUUUAUCGCCUGACGUAGGAAGUUUGAGAAACCUCCAGGUUCUCAAUUUGGGAAUGAAUCGUCUAAACGCCCUGCCUCCCACUUUGGCCACACUGACAAACCUGACGGAGCUGGGACUUUUUGAUAACUUGUUCACACAGAUGCCAGAAUGCUUAAACGUGCUGCCUAACCUAACGAAGCUGAACACCAAACGCAACCCUGUUUCCUACACACAGCGAGACGGCAAAGAUCCUGAUUCUGUGAAGACAACAGGAAAUCUGUUUUUGUUGAGAGAAGGAGAUUUGUGCCACCCUUGUCUUGAGAGGUGCAGAAGGAAAAAGCUGCUUGAGAGGUCGCAAAGAAAGAGUAAUUUUUCAGGGCUGAUCUCGCCAAACUCAGUAGCUCGAGGUAAUCAAGAAAACUGGCGGCAGCAAACUACUAGCUCACCUCCAAGCUUUCAAAAAGGACAAGCCAGACCUGUCGGAGAUACCAACACAUUGUCUUUUUUGAAUAGCCUUAAUAUAUAAUGACACUAUACAUUAACCUUUAUUUCUCCUCCUGUACUAUUAGGAACUGAACUGCAGGUUUUGCAAAUACUGUUAGACCAUUUACGUAGAGAAUAAAUAAAAAUGUGUGUCAAAAAAAACUACAACAAAGUUAACUUCAACUAAGGCUAAAGUUAUGAAAUUAAAAAUAGUUUCACUGUGCCUCUCAAAUAUAUAGUUUCCUAUAGAAUUACAAAUGUACAAAUAUGUGAAUAUGUACAUUAACAACAAAUAUUUAAAUGUGUAUAUACAUUAUUCUCUAUCAACCAAGUGGUUCCUGGAUCUGUAAUCUUUAUAGUAUCAUUAAAAAUAUAUGUGUCAAAUGACUGUGUAUUUCUUACUGUAGGAAAACAACUUUGGUUUUAAAGCCGAUGGGAAACAAUCAAUAUUAAGUCCAUUCCCUCUUCAUCUUGUCAAAAAGUCAGGGGAACUAAACAUGAUAAAACUAAAUUGAGCAGAAAUUGAAAUGGUGAGUUAAGGAAUGAUAAUUUGAACCAAAACAACAUCUGAAAUAACGAAUAGGUAGUAAGCUUAUGGCACCCUUGCAGACAAUUAGCAACUAUAAAAUUGUGAGCUGUAUUGGCUGCUGAUGACUUUGAAAAGUUACUGAGGCCGUUUUAAUUGGUAGGAAGUGCUGAAGAUGCAGUAAUUGAAGUUUCAGUGUAGUGCCGGGAUAUUGUUUAGGGGAUUGAGAGUCUUCCUGUCAAUAGUUAACCGCAAACAUAAGAGAAUGUGUUUUCUGGAAACUUCGAAACCACAAAACUCUGUCUGUUUCAAUAUAAAAGCAUCACAGUCUCUCUAACUGAAAAGGCAGCUGUCUGCGAGAUCGGGCAGAUGCU